AUGGCUGAUCAGAUUGCACAAGUUGAAGCAAGCCAUCCUCCUGAAGAUCUCUAUGGUGCUCAGGGCUUCAUCCCUCUGGGCUUCAUCCGGAAUCCUGAUGGCUCCAUCACGCGUGAAGUCGUUGAUCCCAUCAACCCCGUCUCCUCCUACGAUAGCAGUCCUAUUCUUCUUGUCAAGGACAUCCCAGUAAACCCAUCUAAAAACACCUGGGUUCGUGUAUUCCUACCUAAAGAACCAAUUAAAUCCUCCCCGGACAAAAAACUUCCUCUCCUGAUUUAUAUCCAUGGUGGAGGACUUAUAAAGUGCAGCGCAGCCCACCCCUUUUUUGAUGAUAUUUAUAGUAUUUUUGCCGCUGAUAUUCCGGCAGUGAUCUUAACCAUCGAGUAUCGUCUUGCUCCGGAGCAUAGGCUGCCGGCAGCCUAUGAAGAUUGCUUGGAAGUUCUGCAGUGGAUCAAGAAUUCCCAAGACGAAUGGUUGACACAACAUGCGGAUUUAUCAAACAGUUUCAUCUUCGGCAACAGCGCCGGAGGAAACAUUGCCUAUCAUGUUUGUUUGAUUGCAUCUUCAUGUGUUGAUGAUCUUAAGCCUUUGAAUAUCAAAGGAGUGAUUUUGCAUCAACCAUUUUUGGGUGGCGUCAAGAGGACAGAAUCAGAGCUGAGGGGGGUUAAUGACAAGAUUUUACCACAAGCUGUUGUUGACAUUACGUGGGAGCUAGCAUUGCCCGUUGGAGCUGAUCGAGAUCACGAAUUUUGUAAUCCGAUGCUCAGCGUCAAAUUAGGCCAAUUUGAUGCGAUUAAAGGUCUAGGAUGGAAGAUUUUGGUGGCUGGCUAUGAAGGUGAUCCAUUGUCUGAUCGUCAAGUUGAACUUGCCAAAAUCUUGGAAGAGAGUGGUGUGGAAGUGGUGGCUAAGUUUGAUAAAGGAGGUUAUCACGGUAUUGAAUUUUAUGAGCUUCCAAAAAUGAAAAUUCUUUGUGAUGUUGUUAAAAAGUUUGUAGAAUCCUUUGCAAAUGUAACUGCGUAG